ACCCGCCGCCCCUCCUAUCUAAACCCUAGCCGCCGGUGCCGCGGCCGCCUCGUUCUUUCCCCAGAUCUGCGGCCCGGCCCCCGACCGAUCUGGGAAAAUUGACUUCUUUUGGCUCCGUGUGGUGGGUGCAGAUGAUCGUGGAGGCCAUCGCGUCGCUCCGGGAGCCCAACGGCUCCAGCCAGGCCGCCAUCGCGCGCCGCAUCGAGGCGGCCCACGGCGCCGGCGGCGACCUCCCGCCGUCGCACCCCGCGCUCGUCGCCGCGCACCUCUCCCGCAUGUCCGCCGCCGCCGAGCUCGUCGCCGUCGCCGGGGGCAAGUACGCGCUCCCCCCGCCGCCCUCCAGCUCCCCCGUCGAGGAGGAGGACAUGGAGGCGGAGGUGGGGGAGGAGGACGACGAAUCCUCCGACGACGCGCCGCUGCUGCUGCCGCCCCCGCCUCCCGCCAAGCGCGGCCGCGGCCGGCCCCCGAAGGUGCGCCCGCCAGGCUACUACCCCGUGGGGGCUCCCGCCAUCAUCGGCGCCCCUCCUAGCGACGGACUAGCCGUCGCCGUCGCCGUCGCCACCGCGCCGCGCCGGCGGGGCCGCCCGCCCAAGCCGCGGGACCCAGACGCGCCGCCCAAGAUCCCGCGCCCGCGCGGCCGGCCGCGCAAGAACCCGCUCCCGGACGGCAUGGCGCCGGUCCCGCGGCCCGGCUCCGCCGCGGCCAAGCCGCGCCCGCAGUUCGCCGAGGUCGGCUUCGUGUGAGCGAGGCCGGGCCGGAGCGAGCGAGCUAACAUUUCCACUUUGUGCCUGGUGUCCGUCCGUUCUGUUCAGCGUGGGGGUCAUUUCUCCGUUCGUGUUGUUCUAAUUGGAGGUGGAAGACGAGACGAUGCAGCAGCAGCGUCUGUCCAGCGAGUGUGGGUGGUGUUUCAGUCCGUGGUGUGGUGUUGGUCGCCGGAGGGCGCGUCGUCUCCCCCGGCGACGGACGGUGUAUCUCUCUGUAUCUCUGUCAGCGCAGCGCACACUUAGUCGAUCCUUUCCUUCCACCAGGAGGACACAACGAGCCGAGGCGUCUGCUUCUGCUCCAGUGACUGUAUUGAUGCUCUUCUCAGUUCAUUUCAAGCGUGAAUCACAUUGAUUUUUGUUCCUUUUGACCUCCAUCUCCCAUGGUUUCCGGUUGUCGAUCUGUGAUGUUAACACUGCUCUCCAGUAGCUGUUAAAAUGCAUUUGCAAGUGAA